AUGGCGGCCCACGGACGCAAUCCAGGCGACCUCCUUCCCAUGGUCGGGGACAUCGUGGAGCGCAGUGCGGACACGGCAGUGAACACAGCGCAGAGCGAGGGCGCUUUCCGUGCCGCGGCGACGUCUCCGGGACAGGAGCCCACGAAGGCGCUGCGUCCCAUCCAGGCAGUCGUUGGCCAGGCCUUCCCGACGGUGCGCACGCGUCACUCGUACGGUCGUCAGAGUGCGCCAACGUCGGGCGACAGCCAAUCUCGAGCGAUACCGGCUGGCGGCACCGACGUGCCCGCGACUUCAUCUUCUUCGGCGGCUGUUGUUGCCACGGGCCCUUACACGAGUCUGAGUGCCCACGUACAACCGCAGGGUGGCGCUCACGACGACGACGGCGUCGCGCUGCGUCUGUCGGUACCGGCGGGAGGCAUUGCACCGAUGCUGCCUGUUGGUGGGUCGGCUCAGCAGCACCUGCCGGCUCAUCAGUGGUCCAACGCAGAGUUCGAGCAACUGCGGUUGGGCUACUAUGUGGCUUCUUUAUCCACCUCAUCUCCGUCAUCUGGAACUGCCUCCAUCCCCACUACCGCUGCGUCUCCUCCUUCGUCUCCUUCUCCGACGGGAGAAGACUUCUUCACGCUGCUCUUUCAGUGUCUGCGAAGCACCGUGCGAAAGCAUCAACAACUCGCCCUGGAGACCCUCUUGGCGCACCUGCAAGGACUGAUGCUGAAGGAUGACAACUCCCUUGGAGACUCCACAGCGGCCACCGGCGCAGCGAAACUGUGCGAAGAAGCCGUCGCGCUGCGUGGACGCUGCCUGCACGGACCCAACUGCGGACCUUUUGUUUUCUUCCUGCUGGAGAUUCUCGCCUCGGCAGGCCACCCGGCCAUCGUGGAGCUCGCGGCGACGUGCGUGCUGCUGCUGCUGCGCAGCCUCCCUCGCGGGGGUACCUUGAGCGAGUACGCGUCCAGCAGUCUACUGGAGAGGGAUGAAAGAGCAUCUUUGCUGACGGAUGCCAUCGGUGAGUUGGGCAACCCGGCUGGCGAUGCCCCCGGCGGCGAUGACGAAGGGGAGCAGGACGGUGAUGAGAAGACUCAGGAAGGUGAUAUUCACGGCGCUGACGCGACGAGUAGAAAGGAGAAGGCGCGCGCUUUGGACGAUGCGGAGCUGCCGUUCAGCGAGGUGUCAGAGCUCCUGCGAGGGCAAGAUGCCCGGUACGGCCUGGAGCAACUCGGCUUCACAAGUAAGGUGCUCGCGACGAUGCACCUGCUGCUGUACACACCCGCUGGAGGAGACGUGAACAAGACAGACAAGGCCAGCGUGAAGGACGCCAGCGCAGCCAUGUCACAGGAGGAGGUGGAUGAAAGACAGCGUCACACCGAGGCUUCUUUCGCGGAAGCGCGCCUUCUCCCGCGUCACGGGCAGGUGCUGUUCCUUGAGCUGCUGCUCUGCGGAGGGGUCGGCAUUGGACAGCGUGCCGCGUGCCGUCGCGUCGCCGAAGACCCAAACUUUUUGCGCUGGAUGGAAGGGCAACUGUCUUCCGUGGUGUUGGGCCACCGGUCCCUGGGUGCGGUGAUGGAGCUGCUGUGCGUGCUACAGCACGUCGCCCACGCCCCCGUAGCCCUGCGUAGUUUGAUGCGCGGAGGCCCGGGGGGAGACGGCCAGGCAAAAGGCACAACGCCCACGACGGCGACGACCACCACAGCGGCGUACGCGACCCAGCAACGCCAGCAUCGGCGUUUCCACGAAACGUGGCUGAUCUUCUUUAUCUACGUCAGCUCCACCGCGGUGAAGGAAGUGCGCACGAUACGGCAAGCCUUCACCAUCGUGUGGUCCAUGCUGCUAUUACGCAUGUGUGUUCGCCAGCGCGGUCAUAACGCUGCUGCAUCGACAUCCGCCACUACCACCCCUGCUGCUGCUCCGAUGAGUUCCGUUUUUGGGCUUGUGCACGAUGUGAGCGACACGCUGCUGGCGGAUGGGAUGCGGGUCGGUGGGGCGCUUGCGCUGGAGAUGUGGUUUUUGCAGUACGUGCAUGCAGAUGGCUGCGCUGCAGGGACGAAGCAGCCGGGCAGCCUUGACAGCUACUUCCUCGAUGCCGCCCGCACGGCCCUCCAGCUGUGUCGAAAAGCUGUUGGAGCAGGGAGUCUGGAAACAGCAGCCACAGCGCACGGUGCAUACGGCAGCAUCAUCGCACUGUCUGAGGCAGAUGCUGGUAAUGAGGCGGUGACCUCGCAGGAAGCCGCUGCAGCCCAGAGACUCCUGCACGAGCUGCAGUGGCUCUCCAAUGCGCACUUCUUCGCCACCUACAUCACACACAUGCGCCAGCGAUCCCCGGCAGCGUGCUACGCCCUCGGUGGCAGCGCCGUGGAGACGCAGGACGCAAUGCGGGACGUGGUCCGUCACGUGGUGAUGGACCCGACUCGUAUGAAGAGUGCCUUUGCCCGCCUCACUUCACCGUUGCUGUCAGCGUCGUUUUCUGUGUGGAAGACGUCGAGCAACGCGGGCCCGACGGAGAGCGCGAAGGAGGCGCCGCCUUCCUCCUCGCCGGCAUUUGCCACGGACGACGACGAUCAGCACGGCUGGGUGCCGGCGGUGCAGGCCGUGCUGCGUCGAUGGAUUCCUUCCGCCACUGCCGGCGCGCCACGGAACACCGGCACCACCAGCCCACCGACCCGUUCGCACACAUCCAACUUCAACGUAACUCCCUCCCUCAGCCCACGCAGCGUCGCCGUCGUCCGUCUCGCCAUGGAGGCGGCUGGAGUGUACGCCAACACCCGUCUGGCGGUCGCCCUCGCAGACGUCUACCCUGCUGUGGCGAGGGACGUCGUGACAGGCUACGCUGCGCUGCUCACCCACGCCUUCGAGGAGGCGUGUCUGCGUCUGCAGGACGGCGCGGUGGUGCGGCUGCAGGUGGAGGAGCUGUGCACCAUGGCAGAGGCGGUGCGGCUCCUUCAGCGCGGAGGCGGCCAUGACCGCAGCAACGGCACCUCCACGACUGCGGAUGCUGCUGAGCCGCCUUCGCCGUACGACCGUGAGGCCCGCAUUGGGGCCUUCUUUUUGCUGCACGGCAUCGCCAUCUCGAAGCACUGCCUCGAUGUGGUUCCGCUCAUCCUGCCUCUUCUUUUGUUUCCUUGCGCGUCGCACACACCCGCCGUCGUGCCGCGAAGCUCCGUCCCCGACACCGCCCGGGUGCCGGCAGAAAUGCCUCUUUUAGCUUCGUUGCAGUCCGGGAUUGAGCUGACACCGGUGCCGGUGAUGUUGAGCAACAGGAGCGGCAAUGACAGCAGCAGUGAGGCCACGAUGGCGGUGACGGGCGCCCCGCGAAGCUGGGUGCUGUACCCCCUGUACGACGUCGCCUUCAGGGAAAAGCAUCUCUGGGCACACUGGCUGCGCGGUUUGUUGGGGCUGCACCAACGCGUGAAGGACGUAGUGGGCUGGGAUGGGGUGCUGAGCCACACGCUGCUGUGGAUGCUGACACAUCGUCGAGCGCUGUGGGCGGUGGAGUCGGCCGAUGAACCGACUGCACUCGCGAAAGCACAAAGCUCGAGAGAAGAGACAGACGAAGGAGACGCGCAGGGAGUGAGCGGUGCGUCUGCCGAUGCGUUAAGUGGGCUUCUCUUGGACUUGUGUGCCGUUCUGCACGACCGGUGCGCGCCCGCGGCCGGCGGGACACCUGGUGAAGGCACACCAGCAGCGGCCAUGUCAGCGUCUGCGUCACGCACGCUGGAAAUCUCGCUGACGGCCUACUGUGAUGUUUCGUCGGAGGCAGGCCUUCCGCCGCUGUUGCACGCCGUCCUGGCCUACGUGGCAGCGCACUGCUCCGCGCGGACGGCGUUGGCGGCGCUGCAGGUGCUGCUCGCUACGCCCCUCCUACCCUCGCCUGCAGGAAUCAACGGUGGGAGCUGCGAAGAGUUGGCCGAUGCGAAAUCUUGCGGUUCUUCGUGCUUUCAACACGUGCCGGCGACGGCGGAGGUGUGUGCGUGGCUGCAGUCGUGGUCCGUUCUGCAGGGACAGCAGGCUCAGUCCGCAAAGAGCGCCUACUGGUGCCUGGACGAUGCCGUUUCUCUCGUGCAGUUGGUUGGUCCGCACCUCGGUCACGGAGGCUGGGAUGCGGACGACGAGCUUCCUGUAUCUAAUACUCCGACAAGCACAGCCUGUGCCUGGGGCGCCGAUGGCCUGUGGUGUGUGCGCUGCCUGACAGAGGGCCUUCUGCGUUACUACCUCCAGCAGCGCAUCGCCACAAGCGGCGCUCUCUCUGCGAUGGAGAAGACGGUGCUCCGCUCCACCUUGGUGGAGUUAGAGUGGUUCCCUUCUGUGUUGUGGCCCCUGGUGGAGAUAUGA